ACUGACAUUUCCAGCCAGGACCAAUCAUGAUCGAAUAAAACAGGAAGAUCUCAGUCGACUGGUUACCUACCUGUCAACUAUACCAAGUGAGGAUGUGCGUGCUCGUGGAUUCACAGUGGUUGUGGACAUGCGAGGCAGUAAAUGGGACAGCGUGAAGCCAGUGCUGCGAACACUGCAGGAGUCGUUUUCCUCCAACAUCCACACAGCACUGCUCAUCAAACCCGACACCUUCUGGCAAAAACACAAAACCAACCUGGGCAGUGCCAAGCUCAGCUUUGAGACCAGCCUGGUGUCAGUGGAGGGCCUGUCCCGGCUUGUUGACCCCUCCCAGCUUACGGCUGAUCUUGGUGGCUCAUUGGAGUACGACCAUGUUGAAUGGACUGAGCUACGUCUGGGUCUGGAGGAGUUUUCAGGGGCCGCCAUGCAGCUGUUGGCUCAGCUGGAGCAGCUGGAGAAUGGGCUGAACCGGAUCCCGGAGCCUCAGGAUGUGGACGAGGCCAGAAAACUUCUGGAGGAGCACAAUCGUCUCCGUAACACCAUCGCCACUGCACCAGUUGACACUCUGGACCGAGAAGGAAGGAGCUUGCUCCAACGCAUGCGCUUGGGCCCCGCUCACGGUGACGGCUCUAACGAUGGUGGAGGUGGUGGAGGCACUUGGCUGUCAGGAGGGGCAGACUUCCAGAGUGUGGCACCAAAGGUUUCAUCUCUGCUGGACCGGCUGCAGGCGGCUCGCACCCACCUGCUGCAGAGCUGGAGUGACAAGAAGUUGCACUUAGACCAGGCGCUGCAGCUACAUCUUUUCGAGCAGGACGCCACCAAGAUGUCAGAGUGGAUUGCUCAUAGUAAGGAACUCUUCAUGCAGAGCGUGACAGAAGUCGGUCAGAACCACCAGCACGCUCUGGACCUUCAAACACAACACCAGCACUUCACCGCCAACUGCAUGAACGGCAGUGUGAACGUGGACAGCGUGGUAACUGUGGCAGCGAGACUUGCUGAGGCCGGUCAUUACGGAGCAGAACGGAUUGCGUUGGUGUCGUCACGUUUACAGGAAGACUGGAAGUCUCUGACGACAGCACUGGAAGAGCGAAGUAAUACCCUUGCCAUGGCAACCGGCUUCCACCAAGGGGCAGAGCAGUUCAUGCUACGAGUAGAGGCUUGGGUUAAGAUGUGCUCUGAGGGAUCUUUACCUUCAGCAACAGCUGAGCUGGAAGCUGCAGUUAAAAAACACCAAGAGCUCAACGAGGAGAUUUCUGCAAACUACACACAGGUCAGUGAAAGCGGUAAAGCAUUAAUGGACGUCCUGCAGCGAAGCUCAGCAACUGAGUCUGAUGAGUCGACAACCAAACCAGACUUCACAGCUGCCACACACACCAUCAUGGGAGUCCUGCACCAGGUGAUGCAGGGUCACCAUGAGGUAGAGGGAGCCUGGCAGCAUCGCAAACUACGACUUCACCAGCGCCUACAGCUGUGUGUGUUUCAGCAGGAUGUUAGACAGGUACUGGACUGGGUGGAGCAGCACGGAGAGGUUUUUCUCAACAAACACACAGGUGUGGGGAAGUCUCUGCAUCGAGCCCGGGCGCUGCAGAAACGACACGAUGACUUCCAGCAAGUUGCACAGAACACUUACACUAAUGCAGAGAAACUUCUGGAAGCAGCGGAUCAGCUGGCUCAGUCUGGAGAGUGUGAGGAGGAGGAGAUCUACCAGGCAGCUCGAGACUUGGAGCUCCGCAUGCAGGCCUUCAUCCAGCGGGUCGAACAGAGGAAGCUGCUGCUGGACCUUGCUGUGUCUUUUUAUACUCAUACAAAGGAGCUCUCGGUGUGGAUGGAGGGUCUCCAGAAGCAGCUGUCCUCAGACCUCCUGGUUUGUCCAGACACAGUGGAAGCUCUGCAGGCUUUGAUCAGCCAGCAGCAGCAGCAGCAAGCCAACACACAGGAAGCUGCAAUGAGUGUCAUCAGGGAAGGAGAAGACCUCAUCCUUCAGCUCAGGCCCCAGGGCAGCUCUGUGGCACACGUGGAGUCAGUUUUACAGCAGCUGGAGGAGUCUCACGCUCAACUUGAGGAGCUUUUUCACCAGAGGAAGAUCCGACUGGACAUCUUCCUGCAGUUCCGCAUUCUUCAUCAGUGCACGUUAGAGGUGACAGGUGAAAUAGAUGCCUGGAAACAGGAUCUCCAAAAACAGUCCCAGGAUUUUUCCAGUGAGAAGAUAACGUCUCCACGGGUAGCUGAAACAAACCAGGACCAGCUAGCCCAGGACAAACUAGCUCUGGGCCAGUCGCGCCUGGUGGAGGCUAGCCCUGAAGCACUAACGUUAGCUCAACAACGUAUUCAUAGGCACAUGGAGCGAAGGCUGGCUAUGAACAAUAUGAUCUAUGAGGUCAUCCAGCAAGGUCAUGACCUUCAGCAGUAUAUGUCAGAGGUUCAGGCAUCAGGCAUCGAGCUGUCCGAGGUGGAGGGAGGCCUCUCCUCUCAGGUGGAGGAGCUGCAGCACCUCCUGCAGGACAAACAGAAGGAGCUGCAGCAGAUUGCGGAUCACACACAUGCACACCUGGAGCAGAACCUGCAGCUGAGGCACCUGCAGAGUCAGGUCAAACAGGUGUUGGGUUGGAUCUCUGAGGGCGAGGUGAUGCUGUCGUCCUGCAUGUUGAAUUCCAGCUGUCUGUCAGAAGCUGAGCAGCUGCAGAGAGAGCAUGAGCGCCUCCAACAGGCCAUAGAGGCUUUGCUGCAUGCAGACUCCCUGCAGAGGACUCAUCAGGUGGCUCUGGCUCUGCAACAGAGAGCAGAGCUGCUAGUGAGGUCUGGCCACUAUGAUCCCGAUGCAGUGAGAGCUUGUGCCCAGACAGUGGCGCUUCACUGGCAGACUUUGAUGCUGAGGAUAGAAGACAGACUCAAACUGGUCAAUGCAUCCGCUGCCUUCUACCGGACAUCUCAGCAGGUAUGUGGCGUCCUUGAGAGUCUGGAGCAGGAGUACCGCAGGGAGGAGGACUGGUGUGGAGGAGGAGAGAGGCAGCCUGAGCAGCUGCUGCCGCUCAUCAGCAAACACAUGGAACAGAAGGAGGCAUUCCUGAAGGCAUGCACUCUAGCAAGAAGAAAUGCUGAGGUUUUCCUCAAAUACAUUCAUCGCAACAGCGUCACCAUGGCAAACAUCUCUGGCCAUAAUGUCACUGUUUCGGGGGUAACUGGUGUUUCUGAGGUCACUGGGCACUCCAGGGUGCCAGAGCAACAGGUCAAAGGUAUUCUCAGUGAGCUACUCCAGAGGGAAAACAGAGUCCUUCAUUUCUGGACAUUGAAAAAACGUAGACUGGAUCAGUGUCAGCAGUACCUGAUGUUCCAAAGCCAUGCCCAGCAGGCUCUUGAUUGGCUGCAGCAGUCAGGUGACCACUACCUGACCACUCAUACUUCGCCAGGGACAACAAUACCCGAGACACAGGAGCUGCUCAACCAACACAGAGAAUUUUGUAUUUCUGCUAAGCACACACAGGAGAAGGUUCACCUGCUGAUUCAGCUGGCUGAGAGCAUGCUGGCUAAAGGCCACGCUCACCGCACUGAGCUCCGCCGCUGCGUGUCCACAGUGGACAAACGUUACCGCGACUUUACUGUCAGGAUGGGACAGUACCGCCACCUGCUGGAGACUGCUCUAGGGAGCAGCUCACAGGACAAUAAGGAUUUGGAGCUGGAGUUGAUCCCCAACAGUUUGUCUGACUCAGACCCUGAGGUCAACCUUUCUGACCCAAGUCACCAAGUCAGCGACGAGAAGAGACGCUCCGCCCGCAAAAAGGAGUACAUCAUGGCUGAGCUUCUUCAGACAGAGAGAGUCUACGUCAGAGACCUGCAGGAAUGUAUAGAGACAUACCUGUGGGAGAUGACAAGUGGCUCAGAGGACGUCCCAUCUGGUCUCAACAACAAGGAUGACACUGUGUUUGGGAACAUCCAGGACAUCUAUGAGUUUCACAACAGCAUUUUCCUGAAGGAACUGGAGAACUAUGAACAGCUUCCUGAAGAUGUAGGACACUGCUUUGUUACCUGGGCUGAUAAGUUCCACAUGUAUGUGACGUACUGCAGGAACAAACCAGACUCCAGUUUACUGAUCCAACAGCACGGCGUGGCUUUUUUUGAGGAGGUCCAGAGGAGACACGGUCUGGCCAACUCCAUCUCCUCAGCUUUAAUUAAACCGGUCCAGAGGAUCACCAAGUACCAGCUGCUGCUAAAGGAGCUGCUGGCAUGUUGUGAAGAGGGCAAAGGAGAGAUAAAGGAGGGCCUGGACGUCAUGCUGAGUGUCCCAAAAAGAGCAAAUGAUGCCAUGCAUGUUAGCAUGUUGGAGGGUCUGGAGGAGGGUUUGGAGGUCCAAGGGGAGCUCCUCCUGCAGGACUCUUUCCUGGUAUGGGAGCCCAAGUCUCUGAUCAGAAAGGGGCGGGACCGACACCUUUUCCUGUUUGAGCUGUCACUCAUCUUCAGCAAAGAGAUGAAGGAUUCGUCUGGACGGACCAAAUACCUGUACAAGAGCAGACUGAGGACUUCAGAGCUGGGAGUAACAGAGCACAUUGAGGGGGAUCCUUGUAAGUUUGCUCUGUGGGUGGGACGAACGCCGACCUCUGACAACAAGACAGUAUUGAAGGCAUCUUCGUUGGAGCUGAAACAGGAGUGGGUUCGCAGCAUCCGACAGGUGAUCCAGGAGAGACGGGGUCAUCUGCGGGGGGCACUGAGGGAGCCUAUCCCCCUCCCCAAAACACCCAACCCUACGCUGGGACGACAGCGCAGCAUCACCCGCAGGGAAACGAGUGAAGACGCAGACAGUCUGGGUGAUGCCAGCAGUCAGCCUGACACCGUCUCCAUCGCCUCCCGAACGUCACAGAACACAGCCGACAGCGACAAACUGUCAGGAGGCUGUGAGUUAGUGGUGGUGCUGCUGGACUUCACCUCUGGGGGACCAGGAGAACUGGGUGUGCGCUGCGGUCAGACGGUGGAGCUGGUGGAACGCUCUGCAGAUCGGCCCGGGUGGUGCCUGGUCAGAACCACAGAUCAGACACCCCAGCAGGAGGGUUUACUGCCGAUGAGCGCCCUCUGCCUGUCACACUCCCACAGUGCAGGCGACAUGGAGGGGCUUGUCCCGCCCUCCACCACAUCCUCAGGCACCCCGUCCAUCUGCAACACCACCACCUCCUCUGUGUGCAACUCCACCUCCUCCACCACCACCACCUCGUCCUCUAACUCCUCCUCUGUUGUGAACUCUGCGAGGGAACCCAGUCUGUACGGGCCUGAGAGUUCAGGACUUCAGAAUCAACCUGUCAGUCAAAAUGCCACCUCCCCAGGUGCUUAUGGAGCAGGUGCGGUUCCAGGUGGUGCUGUGGGGUCCCCAGGACCAAAACGCACAGGCUCUGGGACUGGAAACACCCUGAAGCGCUGGCUGACCAGUCCUGUUCGAAGACUCAGUCAGGGAAAAGCUGACGGACAGAAAAAGCCUCCAAUCAGAACGAGGAGGCGGGACAACAGAUCGGAGCUUGCCAUGCCUCUAACUGGCAAUGCACAAGCGGCAAGGAAGGAGGAGGUCGUGCACAGUGGAGGGGAGGAAGAGCCUGAGGAGGAAAGCCACACCCCUCUACCACCUCCUAUGCAGAUUAUCAAAGACCCCAAUAACCCAGAGGCUUUGGAUUCAGAUCAGAGUUCGAAUGAGUCAGACACAGAACAGAGAAACAAAGCCCUGAGAGGACGAAUGUUUGUUGUUAAUGAGAUGAUCCAGUCAGAGAAGGACUAUGUAAAGGACCUGGGCGUUAUUGUUGAGGGCUUCAUGUCUAGGCUGGAGGUCAGAGGAAUUCCAGAGGACAUGAGAGGGAAAGACAAGAUCGUCUUUGGGAACAUCCAGCAGAUCUACGACUGGCAUCGCGACUUUUUCUUGGUGGAGUUAGAGCGUUGUGUCCAGAACCACGACCUUCUGGCUGAUCUCUUUAUCAGACAUGAACGUCGGCUACACAUGUAUAUAGUUUACUGUCAGAACAAACCAAGGUCAGAGUUCAUCGUCAUCGAAUAUGAAAACUUUUUUGAGGAGAUCCAACAUGAGAUCAGCUGUAGGAUGUCCAUCAGUGAUUAUCUGAUCAAACCCAUCCAGAGAAUCACCAAGUACCAGCUGCUGCUCAAGGAUUUUCUAAAAUAUACAUCCAAAGCUGGACUGGAUACUGAGGAGUUUGAGAAAGCGGUGGAGCUGAUGUCAUUGGUUCCUAAACGCUGUAACGACAUGAUGAACCUGGGACGCCUGCAGGGAUAUGAGGGGAAGCUGACUGCUCAUGGGAAGCUGCUGCAGCAGGAAACCUUCUGUGUCUGGGAACAGGAUGGAGGAGUUUUAUCUCGCAGCAAAGAGCGCAGAGUUUUCCUUUUCGAGCAGAUCGUCAUCUUCAGUGAACUGCUGCGGAAAGGUUCCAGCAACCCAGGGUACCAGUUCAAGAAUAGCAUUAAGGUGACCUAUCUGGCGAUGCAGGACAGCGUGGAUGGAGACCCCUGUAAGUUUGUGUUGUGGUCUCGGGGAUCAGCGGAACGCUUCACUCUGCAGGCAUCCUCUGCCAGCAUUAAGAUGAGCUGGGUGGAGACCAUCUCUGCUCAGCUGGAUGCCCAGAACAACUUCCUGUCAGCUCUCCAGUCGCCCAUUGAGUACCAGAGGAAAGAAGGUGGGAUCUCUGUGACCCGACCGCUGUCAUCAGGGCGCCCACCAUCAGCUCCGCCCACCCCCAAUGGUCACGCAGCUCAGCCUCUUCCUGACAGUGAUCAGGACGACCAGGAGCUGGUUCUGGUGCUGCAGGACUUUGUGGCGGUCCGGGAAGAUGAGAUCUCAGUGUUUCGAGGGGAGAAAGUCCAGAUUCUGUCAUCCAAUCAGCAGGGUCAGAGUCUGGUUUAUCGGCCAGCCAACAGAGAAUCGCCUGCUGCCGAGGGAUGGGUGCCACGGAGUGUGCUCAAAACACACUGACACACACACACAAACACACACACACAGACUGACUGCAGGGUCAGAGACUGGUUUACAAUUUCUACACACACUUUAGUACUGCAAAAUAACAGGGUCAAAAACAGCAAGGAACUCAGCGAGAAUCAGAAAUAUGGUGAUGUCGACCUGUUCAACAAUCUGGUCCAGUUUCCCAUUAAAUCUGUCUUACAUAUAGUCUGAAAUUUUUCAACAAAUGUAAGAUUUACUAAAAAUUAUUCAGUGCUUAGAUUAAAAAUGUUUCUUUAA